GCUGCCUUGUUGUUUACCAUUGGUGGUUUGAAAUGGGCUGUGUACAGGCAUGCAAAUGGGUGGGGCCAUUUUUCCUUGAGGCCUAGUGUAAUACCAGAAGUCAUUUAGUAGGGGGUGUUACUGUCAUGCUUUGCUUGACAAGCCCACGUACGACGAGAUGAGUUCAAAGGAUGUAUAUUUGGGAAUCUGUGUAUGAAACUGGUUCAUCGAAGGUGCCAAGGAUUCUGGGAGUUUGUGAGGGAAGGGGUGAGAACUGAGGUUCAACUCGGAGUAGCUGUCCUUAUACCUGAGCGAGUGACCUGUUUUCACGUGUGUGAGUGGGAGGAAGAUGUUCUCAGUGAGUCCGAGGUUCUGUUUAAAGCUGUGGGUGGUUAAAAAAAAACACUGGGAUUCAGUCACCAUGACAACCUGGUCUUGUCCAAGUGAAAGACGCGCUGUUCUCCUCCAGUUUGCAUGUUCAAGUUAUUUAAAACAAAUUGCAUGGAAAAUGCAGUUUCAAGCCGACAGCCGUCGAUAAAUAAGUGAGCCUGUCAUUCAUUCGGAUUCUUUUUAAUGGUAGUGGGGGUGCAGCCAGGACAGGAGCGACAAAACGCUCCUGCGUGGACAUUACUCUUCAGCAAAGCUGAUGGUCAGUCUCUCACAUUAAGAUAUGAGUCGCACUUAGGAGUUGAAGUGGGAGGAGCUUAACACAGAAGAAACUCCCUAUUGGUCACGGUGGUGGGCGGAGCUGGGCCUGCAGCCCCUGCGUGUAAGCUGGUGUCACCUCCUCCUGUGUCCCCCUUGUCUGCGUCUCACAGUGUGGCAUGUAUAAAUGCUCACAAGGGCCAUGGUUUGCAGGACCCCACCCUACAGAGUGAUGGCGGUGGAUCCGACAGAAGGGCCACAAUGCCCAUCUAACACAACAGGACCUGAUAUAGGUGAUGAUGUCAUGUACAGGAAGGACAUGAUGGAGUCAGUGUGGAGAGCAGAAUGAUGACUGACUUUCUGUGACUUCUUUCUUUCUGGAAGCAUGUCCCUAGACAUCAGCUUGCCACCAACUCUCUCCAUAGCUGGUGGAAUGUAGCACCCAGACUAAGUUUGCAGCCUGCUGUCUGUCUAUGUUGUGUGACUUUUGCACAGAGCAGUGUUUCCCAGCCUGGUCCUCAGGGACAGCAGUCUGCAUUUUUGCUUCCAGCACACCUGAACCAAACAAUCAAGAACACCGAAUACCUGAUACAGGUGUGUUGGGAGCUGGGAGGGAGCAAAAACAUGGAUUGUCUGGGGGUCCCUGAGGACUGAGAAUGUACAGACAGUAUAUACAGACAGUGGAAAUUAAUAUGCAUUUUAUGAAACAGUUUAAGCUGAUUCUUUGCUCUGUAUUCCUAGAGCUCCCUCUUCAUUACGCCCUGACUGGCACGCUGUGGAGUAAGCAGCAACUUUGCAGCUCGAUACCUCUGUGCACAGAAUCAUAUUCACAAUAAUUGACACUCCUGCCAUCAUCUGUUUAGGGAAUACAGCCCCCGAUCUGUCUGUAAAAUCCAGUAUUCAUACAACACGCUUGUCUGUGUCUCGCCGGCCAACACUGAUGUCGGGCGUCCAUGCGCCACCCUCUAACUUGUGAAUGAGUUGGCUUGCCGGUGUCAUAGCAACCGCAGCAAUGUUAACUACACGAGAGGGGGCUGGGAAGGGUGACAGAAGGGGACUAGGCUGGAAGGCGGAGCAGCUGUCGGAGCUCAGGGAAGGAUGAAGACACACACUGGACAGUCUCUGCCUGGACAGUCUGCACCGGGACGCCCCCAUGAUGACCCCCUCUCUCCCCCGCCCCGCUGGGCCGCCCUAGAGAGAGCCGAGUGGGAACUGAGGCAUCUGCGCGAGCACCAGGUGAGCCAAGUGACGAUCCUGGGCCAGAGUCUAGAGAGGGCCAUCCUGGGGGCGCGGAGGGAGGAGCGCCGCCUGGUGGAGCGAGUGGAGCAGGACAGCCGGGACAUCCGGUGCCACCUGGAGUACCUGCAAAGAGAGAACGCCACGGAGUUCCGUAAGGCCCAGAUGCUGAUCGACCAGAAGCUCCAGCAGCUCGUCCUGCUACGCCAGCAGAUACAGAGGAACCCCAAGCAAGACCGUUUGUUACAGGGAGCGCUGCUGCUUCUGCAGCCCUGGGAGACCACCCUCUCCCUGAAGAGUGUUAACCUCUGGCCCGGGUCUCAACAUGGACAUGUCACUUUUGGAGAGGUCCAGGUUCGGGAUCUGAGCAUUAGCUUUGCAGUGGAGACCUGCGAGAUGCAGGGACAGCGGGUAACACCCAACGCUGAGAGAAAUUGCAAGGGUGAAGCUUCAGUACCUGUCAGAGCAAGUCCACGAGGUGUGCAAAACACAUUUCGAUCCUCCAGGAGAGGAGAGGAGCUUCACUUCCCAAGACUGUGGUCUCGGCCACUGCCCCAGGACACCACUGAUGGGACUUUAUGCCAGGAGGAACCUUCACCCCUGCGGUCACAUACCCAGAGGAAGCGAGGGUUCCAGGCAGUCCAGUCUCCUGUUGGCGGUGGGGACUCCGGAGGUGUGGACAGGACUGGAAACAAGACCCAACGUGCCGGGGAGAGCUUGAGAAAUGAAGGAAUCCAAGUCCUGUUUGCAAGCCACCGCUCAUCCAGCGGUCAUAAAGGGAGAUGCUACUGCCCUACAGGUCCUUCUAAGUACAGUCAUGUGACACCAUCCUUCCCCAGGAUCCCCCAUCGACACUCCCAGGGAACCCAGAGUUGUGUGGAUCUGAACCCCCGAAGGCGCCUCUCUCCCUGUCCACGCUUUUGCUGGAAUAAUCACACAUUUAAGAAGUCCAAUAGCAUGGAGAAGACGCCUUCCCAGGAUAGCAGCUCUUCAUCCAACCCGCCCAGGGAUUUCAAAUGCUCCCUGAACCAGAGAUCUCACCUUUCCAGGUCUAUGGUGGAUUUGUCCCCAAGGAACCCAUCCUUGUCUACAGAAGACAGACACAGGCUGUGCAGUGCUUGUCGUCACCAGUACUCUCCGGCUUCCCCUGUUCUGGAGCAGACACACAGGAUCCAGAGGGGUGGUACUGACUUGCUCAGAGGACCUUAUGGAGUUCAGAUGGUGCACCGGCCUCUCUCGGUGUCUGCCAUUGGGCGUGGUGGGACAGCAGAGCCAGCUCAGAUAGAGGACAGUGGACACAGCCGUACCCCAGAGGCUGGACAUCUGCUCAGGAAGAUUGGGAAACAGGGUUCUGGCCGGUCGGACUUCAGCCUGCCCACCGGAGUCCAUGCUACGGCCCAGGGGAAGCUGUUUGCGGUGGACUGUGGCAAUGCCCGCGUGCAGGUCAUGGAUUCCCAGGGCCUCGUUCUUCAGCAGGUGUUUCUCUUGCACGCCGAGGGCUCGUCCCGCCGUCGUCAUAACUAUGUUGACGUGGCCGUGAGCGCCAAGGGGCUGAUCGCGUUGAGCUGCUCCACAGCAAGGACCCUGCUGAUAUUCAGUCGACACGGACGCCACCUCCAGACCUUUGGAGGAAACAGUUUAGGGGUUAAAGGUGAGCUGGAGGCUCCUAGGGGAGUGACAGUGUCUCGCCUAGACCAGUUCCUUGUAGCUGACAUCCGGCGAGGUUCAUUGAUCGUCCUGACGCUCAAGCACACAACGGGCACGGUCUUGGAGAGCACGGAGAUCAGGGGUUUCCAUCGGCCCUGCAUGGUGUCUGCUAACCUGACCACUGGGUUGGUGGCCGUCUCAGAGAGGGGCUGUCGGGAGAGUCUGGGGCCAAGCGUCAAGGUGUUGGGACCUGGCUGGGUUGUCAUCCGGACAGUAGGGGUGUGCAGCUACAUGGGAGCAGUCCUCUCUUACCCCUGGGGAGUCUGCAUCGAUGAUGACGGAAAUGUGCUGGUGGUGGACUGGGGCCAGCAGCACCGGGUGGUGAUGUACUCUGCCCAGGGUGUGAGCCAGAUCCUGGUGAGUCAGGGCCUGAAGAGUCCAUGGGGCUUGGCCCUGUUGCCAGAGCGCCACCUAGUGGUGUCAGAUAGCAUGCAUCACUGCAUCAAGGUGUUCCAGUACAAAUGAGGAUGGUGAUGCUUGGAGACAGGGCCAUGCUGGAAAUGGCAGCUGGGAUGAGAGUCGGAGCAGAGCUGACAUGGAUCACGCUGCUCUUCGCUGCUCCAAUUCCAGGGAUUUUCUCACAAAGCUUUUCUGCCGUGCAGUGUGUGGUGAAACUGUCAAGACCGUAAUUGUUGAGAAAAUGUGGUGUUUAUCUUUAAAAACUUCAUAUACUUUCAUUUUAUUUGGGCCUUUUAUUUAUUUAAUGUGUGGGUUUAGAGCACUAAUGUGUGCAACAUCUCUAGUGUGCUGUAUAUUAAUGUAAGAUUAACAGGGAUGGUUUUCCUCGGUUAUUCACUGGUGUUGUGUGUAGUGUAGAUGGUGCUGUCAUCUUUGCCUGUAAAUCACACAACGGGGGGGAAAAAAGUGCAGAAAGUGUGGUAGCAAAAAUAUCUGAAAAGGUAACUAACACUGAAACAAUGCUAAUAUACAACAUGACCACUAGAUGUCCUAGUAGAGAACAAAUCAUUUCACUUUUCUGGGACCAAAGAAAAUAUCUUUUCUCAUAGGAGAGCUUCAUUACAGUUCCCAAAUGUAUCAUAUAUACUGAAAAAAGCUUAUGUUCAUCAGCACACACACACACACACACACACACACACACAAAACUGAGUUUUGACAGUUUCCAGUCAUUUAUUUCAAGAAUAAAAAAAAUCACCAUGUUUUUAUCAGAAACCUCAGUAGUGUUUAACAAAAUUUAAUUACAUGUUCUGCACGUCUUUGUUGGCCUGGACAAGUUCCUCCUGUUAAAGGGCAUCUGGCAGACCUUGUGAUGUGUGAGUCCAGGGCCCGGCCUGACAUCAGCUAACAAAGAAUAAAGAUCAUGAGGAAAGCGAUUUGUAAA